AUGGCAUCAUUCUACUCAGCCUUCAGUUUCCUUCCACAAACAGUCAGUUUUACAUCAGAUGAAGGUAGUGUGGAGGAUGUAUCUGAUGCAGGGGGACCCAGGCGUGAAUAUUUCCGACUUCUCUGGCAGUCUGUCAUUGAGUCCAGUGGUCUUGUUACAGGUUGCCGUAAUAGAGGAUAUACUUUGCGCCCUAAUUAUGGUGCCCAGGCAAGAGGGGAAUAUAUAGCUUUGGGUAUUAUGAUGGCCACAGGGAUUAUACAGGGUUCGGAAGCACCUGCACUAUUUGUUCCCUCAAUGGUGGAUGCAAUUGUGGGAACUUCAACAGUCAUAAGUCAGGUUGAUGAUGUGGUAGAAGAAUACUAUCACCAACAGCUAAACGAGGUUGAAAAUGCAACUUGCGACAAUGAAGUUAGAGAAGCAGUUGACAAAAAUAGAUGGUGGGAAGAGAUAGAUGGAAUAAUGUCGAGGGUAACAAUGGAUAAUAAGGAGGAAUUUAUUGGAGUUGCAGCCUCUUAUCUGACCACACUCAGAUGCAGCUCAAUGAUCACUGAUUUGAAGAAGGGGCUGGAAACAUAUGAUAGUAUAUUUGUGAUAUCAAUUUAUCCAGUAUAUGUUGGUAUACAAGGCAGUUUAUACGUGUAUUAUAUAUUAAACAAUGAACUGGAGACAGUCCUUAAAGAAGGAGAUGUUAUUCUUACAACGACAAUGAAUGAGUUCAUCAGAGAAUUAGAGCCAAAACAUAUCCUUGUUUUUGCAACAGGAUCAAGCAGAAUACCCACAACUGGGUUCCAUCCAAAACCUGCGGUGACAUUUCACCAUGACAAUACACAAUACUUUCCAUGUGCAGUGACUUGUUCAAAUGAGUUGCAGUUGUUUGUAAAUGCUGCAAAUACCAAUCUGUAUGUAUUUGCAAGUAACUUUUUGGUUGGGUUGAUGAAUGGAGGUACUUUCAGUAAAUGUUAA